GAGAAGACAAUCAGCGUCACCGUGCUCCCCGCUUACAGUAUUUUCUCUGGACCCCUGGCGACUCAGCUUCUUCCCAGAAUGUGGAUGGCGGUCAGCCGUCCCCGAACCCUCCUCCUGCUGCUACUGUCGGGGGCCCUGACCCUGACCAAGACCAGCGCCGGCUCCCACUCCCUCAGGUAUUUCCGCACGGUCAUAUCCCGACCUGGCAAUGCGGAGUCCCGGUACUUGGAGGUCGGCUACGUGGACGACACGCAGUUCGUGCGGUUCGACAGCGACGGCACGAGUCCGAGGGCUGAGCUGCGGGCGCCGUGGUUGGAGCAGGAGGGGCCGGAGUUUUGGGACUGGAAGACGCAGAACACCAGGACCUGCACACAGAUUCUCCGAGGGAGGCUGAACGAAGUGCGGGGCUACUACAACGAGAGCGAGGAAGGGUCUCACACCUUCCAGAGUAUGGUAGGCUGCGACAUGGGGCCUGAUGGACGCUUCCUCCGCGGGUACUUCCGUAACGCCUAUGAUGGCGCGGAUUACAUCACCCUGAAUGAGGACCUGCGCUCCUGGACCGCUGCGAACUCGGAGGCGCAGAUCACCAGACGCAUGUGGGAGGCAUCUGGUGUAGCCCAGAGGAGUCGGAACUACUUGGAGGGCUUGUGCAUGGAGUGGCUCCGCAGGCACCUGGAGAAUGGGAAGGAAACGCUGCAGCGCUCAGAAUCCCCCAAAAGACAAGUGACCCGCCAUCCCAUCUCUGACCGUGAGGUCACCCUGAGGUGCUGGGCUCUGGGGUUCUACCCUGCGGAAAUCACCCUGACCUGGCAGCGAGAUGGGGAAGACCAGAACCAGAACAUAGAGUCUGUGGAGACCAGGCCUGCAGGAGAUGGGACCUUCCAGAAGUGGGCGGCUGUGGUGGUACCUUCUGGAGAGGAACAGAGAUACACAUGCCAUAUACAGCACAAGGCACUGCCCGAGCCCCUCACCUUGAGAUGGG